AUGUUCUCUCUCCGCGCCGCCACACGCGGCAUUCCAGGCCUUCGAGCCUUCUCAACAGCCCGAGUGCUCCAAUCCGAGCUCGCAUAUCAAGUAUUUGGCCCCGAGAACGGCCAAGCUGUUCGACUGCCAAUCUUGUUUCUACAUGGACUCUUUGGGUCGAAACAGAAUAACAGAAGUAUUAGCAAAGCUUUGGCACGGGACUUGAAAUGUCAGAUCUUCGCCCUGGACCUGCGUAACCAUGGCCAGUCUUUCCAUGCCCCAGAGCACAACUACAAUGUCAUGGCAGAGGAUGUUCAGGAGUUCAUCAAACAACAGAAACUAGACAAAUGUGUUCUCAUUGGGCAUUCCAUGGGCGCCAAAGCCGCAAUGGCGGUAGCACUGCGUUCACCCGAAACCGUGUCAGCUUUGAUCCCCGUCGACAAUGCCCCGGUGAACGCAGCGCUUGCAAGCGAUUUUCCCAAAUACGUUCGCGGCAUGCAAAAGAUUGAAGCCGAGAAGGUCACCAAGCAAUCUGACGCCGACAAAAUCCUCGGAGAUUAUGAAGAGUCUCUACCGAUCCGCCAGUUCCUUCUUACCAACUUGAUCCGCUCAGAGGAAGACAACACACUUAAAUUCCGUGUGCCGUUGUCCAUCAUCGGAGGUUCAUUGGAUAAUAUGGCCGAUUUCCCAUUCAAACAGUCCGACAACCUUAAAUACGAAGGUCCAACGCUUUUCGUUCGUGGUACCAAGUCAAGGUAUGUCUCGGACAAGACUAUGCCUGCUAUCAAGGCGUUCUUCCCCAAUGCACAAAUUGCGGAUGUCGAAGCGGGCCAUUGGCUCAUCUCCGAGAAACCGGAGGACUUCCGACAAGCGGUUGUCAAAUUCUUGGAAUCGACCUAA